CGCGUGUAAGUUCCUUCGCUAACUUAGCGAACAAACUAUUUACCCGCAGAUGGAAGUCUCCGGGCAAAGUUACCCGCCGACUUAAACGCGAGAUAAACGCCAACUUACCCGCAAACCACUUACACGCGACUUACCCGCGUGUGGAAGUCUCCAGCCAUAGAAAUUGAUGAAAGUAUUGCAGCAGAAAGACCAUGCAUUGCGACUGCGAGGAAAGUUGAGCUCUCACUCAAGCUCAUGGAUUUUCGAUAACCGACUCUUAUCCCCCAUGAAGGCUUACGAAGCACAAAUACUAAAACUGAAAACAGAUGCAUAUUCCAGCCUACACAAUCUAAGCGCAAGCUUUCACUGAUGCCCUGAGCAGUGACGGGACUGUAUCGACCGUCUGCCGACGGCUCAUAAUGCGGGCCCCGGUCCGCCGUUCUGCCGAUCGCUCACAGUGCGGGCCCGGUCCGACCGUCUGCCGACGGCUCACAGUGCGGGCCCCAUUCCGACGUUCUGCCGACCACCGCUCACAGUGCGGCCCCGGUCCGACGUUCUGCCGACCGCCGCUCACAGUGCGGCCCCGGUCCGACGUUCUGCCGACCGCCGCUCACAGUGCGGCCCCGGUCCGACGUUCUGCCGACCGCCGCUCACAGUGCGGCCCCGGUCCGACGUUCUGCCGAUCGCUCACAGUGCGGCCCCGGUCCGACGUUCCGAGCCGGUCCGUGAUGAUAGCGGGCGUAGCCGGCGGUGUGCAACGCUCUCCGGCCGGCCGAGCACGAGCGGCCACAUUCACUGCCGGACGGGUAUUGCCGAACACUGUUACCCGCCCGGUCAGUCGGUCCUUCGUAUAUAUAAGCCAAAGGUCGUCUGCAACUGGGCGUCAAUCCGAGCGGCAACAUGAAGACGAUCACGCUGACCCUGUGCGUCCUUCUCAUGGCUGUCCACUCCAGUGUGGGCACCUUCGGAGGCGGCGGCGGUGGCAAGAAGGGUGGCGGCGGCCAGAAGAGUCGCUACAGGGUCAUCAGCUCGUACGGCACCUACGGCCACGGCGGGGGAGGCUACGCCAAGGGCUACGGCUACGGCCAGGGCGGCGGCGGCGGCGGCUACGGCCAGAGCCACGGCGGCUACGGCGGCCAGAAGGGCUACGGCGUUCAGAAGGGCUACCACACGGUCAUCAUUGAAGAGAUCGAAGGCGGACGCGGCGGUGGCAAGGGAGGAAAGGGAGGAAAGGGAGGAAAGGGCGGCGGCUUCGGUGAGGGUUACGAAUUCAUCGGCGUGCUGCGCCCCAAGGCUCACUACGGCAGCCAGAUCGGCGGCGGAUACGGACACGGUGGUGGAUUCAGCGGUGGAUACGGCGGCGGCUUCGGCCAGGGAUUCCGUGGUGGAUACGGCCGUGGAUUCAGUGGUGGAUACGGCCAGAGAUUCGGCGGUGGAUACUAGAUCUACCACUGGUUCGUUUCCUUGUCGAUUGGGAGCAAAUUAUAACGGGAAGUUUUGUUGUGCAUACGAUGGGUGCGUGCCACACUGCUAUUAAGCACUGCCAUCAGUACGGAAGUGUUUUGUGUUCUUUGUUGUGUGUGAAUCGCCUAGUCAGCGCCGGCUCGUUUUGUUGUUGGAUGAAGUUGUAACAGAGCAUACUUGUUGAUUGGUGUUAUGCAUGAUCAACAAAAGUUUUGUUGAACUGCCGAUGCGUGAUGUUUUAACAAUAAAACACAAAAUAUA